AAAUCGCGCAUGCGCUCAGGCCGUUCUGUCUGAGCCGCGCGGGCGCCGCGGAGAGCGGUGUUUGCGCGGCGCGGUAUGCAGCGAGAUGUGGGCAGCCUGCCGCUGGGCCCCGCGCUGCGCGCCCGCCUGCUGGCCGCCGGCUUCCAAACAGCGCAGGAGCUGCUGGAGACCGGCCCCUGCGGGCUGAGCAAAGAGAUUGGAAUCUCCAAAGAAGAGGCACUGGAAGCAUUACAAGUUGUCAGGCAGGAAUGUGCUGGUGAUGCAGCAAAGACAGUUGGGGGUCCUGGCACCACCAGAAAGUGCACAGCACUAGAACUUCUGGAAGAAGAGCAAGCCCAGGGCUUCAUCAUCACCUUUUGUUCAGCACUGGACAAUAUUCUGGGAGGUGGUGUGCAACUGACAAAAAUCACUGAGAUCUGUGGAGCACCUGGUGUUGGGAAAACACAGCUAUGUAUGCAGUUGGCAGUGGAUGUACAGAUCCCAGAAUGCUUUGGAGGUGUAGCUGGGGAAGCAGUGUUCAUUGAUACUGAAGGCAGUUUUAUGGUAGACAGAGUAGCGGAUAUUGCAACUGCCUGUGUGCAGCAUUGCCAGCUUAUUGCUGAAGCUCAUCAAGAAGAAGAUCAUCUAAAAGCUUUGGAGACUUUUUCUCUUGAAAGUAUCCUUUCUCACAUAUAUUACUUCCGUUGCCGUGACUACGUAGAGCUUCUAGCACAGGUCUACCUCCUCCCAGACUUUCUUUCAGAACACUCAAAGGUCCGACUGGUGGUAAUUGAUGGGAUUGCAUUUCCCUUUCGCCAUGACUUGGAGGACCUCUCACUUCGAACAAGGCUUUUGAAUGGUCUGGCACAGCAGCUGAUCAUCAUAGCAAAUGAUCAUAAAUCAGCGGUUGUUCUGACAAACCAAAUGACAACGAAGUUUGGACAAAACCAGUCCAUGCUGGUACCUGCAUUAGGAGAAAGCUGGGGACAUGCUGCUACUGUGCGUUUAAUCCUUCACUGGGACAACAGUCAGAGGUUGGCAACAUUGUACAAAUCACCGAGUCAGAAGGAGUCAACCACAACAUACAACAUUACAGUUAGUAUUUCUUUUGGGAUGGAGAUACAGAGGUGGGAACAAAGUGUUAGAAGUAAAGAAAUUUUCAGAUGCACAAACCUGAGAAUGCUGUUUGCUUUCUUCAUGUUGCCUUUCAGCUUCUUUCUGAAGGUAGCCAGUAAUACCAGGAUGUCUCCAGGUUAAUCAUCAAAUUUACAGGCAACCUGUGCCCAUUUCUGCUUGUCCUAGUGCUGCAUAGUUUAUCAUGGUAAGGUAACCCUUCAUGUUAACACUUGGCCUAAGUGCAAUUACAGAGGAGAAUCUUGCGCUCCGAGCGUUCCUGUUGGAAGACUUCAGGAAGCCAAGCUGCUUUCUCUCAUCAGAUUGUUUGUUUCCCUAGUGGCUCAUCGCUGCAUCUGUUCCAGUUUGUCAUUUUUUAGGACAAGGGUGACCAGAAUCAUUCACAGUAUUCUAGAGACCUCCAUAUCUCUGCUCUAACUACAUUGCCUGAUAUAACACAGCUUGUACUUCUGCCUUUCCUAGCUCUGUCGUACUGGUGACCCUAUGACCAGGCAAUAUAGACAGAAGUAUCUAUUUUUUCUUCCGUUGUUAUAUGAUGAGAUUCCAGCUGGAGUGCUUAUUCAGCCCUAGGUAAACUCUGUGAUUGUUUUCUUUUGUUGAGUGCUUAGAUACAUAUUAAUGAGAAUAUAUAUUGUUUAAGCUGUUUAUAGGUUAAAAAACAAGCACUCAGCUCUUGUGUCUUCAAAUGACAAAUACAUAGGUACGUGCCAUAACUGUUUGCUGUGUGUCCUCAUGGAAACACGUUGCCAUAGCAUUUCCUGCAGAUUUUAAUGCUGCCCUAAAAUGAGGUCCUCAAACUAUUGAGCAGAAAUCAAGGUUUUUUUUCCACUUCUAAAUGCAUUCACUAUUUAGAUAGAUAGAUAGAUCUAUAUAGGUUCUGUGAAGACUGGACAGGAAAAUGGGACCACAUCGCAUGGUUGUUUAGAUCAUGUGAUGUGGCUGUGCAGCCCUCUCUCUGCAGCUGCCAAACAGAUGGAUUUUCUUAGUUUAAUUGCCAUUUCAGCUUUAUACAUAUUACAAAACAGCUAUGCUGUCUUCAUCCAUGUGAAUGUACACAAUCUUGAAGUACAGUUGAGACUGUAUCCUAAUCAAAGAUUAGUUACAACUUCAGAUUAUCCCUCUGUUUUUUCCUUUAAUCCUGUUGAGCUGCUUCAGCAGACGUUUCUGUAAGUAAAAAAAUGUAUUAUCCCUGUUUCCGUUGUGAAAGGCAGGUCUAAUAGUAAUUGUUUGCUGUUACUAUUUCUCAUUCUCAUCUCAGUAGCUAAACUGGAAGAUGUAAAUAUGUAUUCAGUGCUUCCAAGUAUGAUCGGGGACAUCUGUGUAUAACCAGCAGACAAAAAAAAAAUCAUCCAAGAUGCUUAGGCUUAGAAUUGUCUUAAAUUCGGUGCAAAUCAAAAGUACCAAACUAUGUGAUAAACUGGUUGAUCAGUGCUUGUACACUGAUGGAGAAGUAUGUGACUUAGUGCCUGAAGCUCCAGUUCUUUUCCAGCUGUUCCCUUUCUAGCAUAUUGGUAAGUCAGCCACCAGCCUGAGCAAGUGUGGAAGCUGUGGAACACCUAACAAAUGAAAUAAUAAUUCUUUCACAGGCUGAUAAGGAUUCAUUCUUAAGCGCAGAGUAUAGAAAUGUAAGUUGAUUUAAGCACAAGGGAGUAAAUGGCUUAUCUGAUUCAUCUAAAUUUCCCAGGUAAUAUGACCUGAUUAUUUGAUUGUGAAAGAUAAGGACCCAGAACUUGUAUUCUGAGUAAGAAUUGUUCAUAUUUCCCUGAAUUUUGGAGGGUCUGCCAGACUAACAAUGAGAAUACCUUUAAAGUAAUAAAGACAUCAGUUUUGAUGCAGUAGUAAUGCAAGUAAUAAAGGCAUCAGUUUUGAUGCAGUCUGUAGGCACCGGGAGACACCAAAGAACAACCCAAGAUGAGCACAGCUGUGAUCAGAGCUGGACCAAGUGAGCCUUCUAAGCCUUAGUUCUGUUAGCCGUGUUUUCUCCAUAUAACACCACUAACAAGCUUUGCAUACACCUACAAAAUUCUUGUUUUCUUUCUCACUGGAGAGAGGCUGUAUCUAGUAUAUACAUGCCUUUAACUAAAUGCAAAAUGUCCAUGCUAAGCAGCCUACUUCAUCAUGUUCUGGCCUUUAUAGCCACUGGAAUGCUUUUACUGAGAGUCUAGCAUGCUAGAUUAAGUGGAUUCUUGGCUUUGAUCCACCUUUGUGCCUAAGGGAAAUAGCAGAGAUUAGAUGCAAGCAGCGGUGAAACACUAAACUUGAAGAUUCCCCAUUAUGCUAUUUAGAAUAACACUUGAGUUGCUUAAAAUAGCAGAGGGACCGCACAAGUUCUGCCCUUGUGGCACCUCUUGCUGUUUAUUCCUUUAAAAACCUUGCAGGCUACGUGAGGUGAGGCAUUUAGAAAUAGAAAUACAGAGAUGAGAAACAAGCAAAACAUUUUAAUUGGUUUUAUCUUGGAUUCAUCUUGGUGCAGGACAUACUGGCAUUUUGAAAAAGUCACACAUCUGAUAGUAAUUCUCCCUGGUUUUUCACACUGCAUGAACCUGAAGCCUCAGCCUUCCUGAGGUGUGCUCUUCCCCUCAUCUCAGCCUGAGCGCUUAGGAUCCUCCAAGCAGUUUCUUUUUCUGAUUAACGCUUCUUCCUCUCUUAAGUCUGUGCUACAGUGAGAGCUCUUCACUGAGCUGUCAGCAAUGCUCCCUACACAGCAUUUGGAGAUAUGGCAGUUGAAGGCUUCACAUAACAUCUCAGUGUUAUGCAGUAAUUGAUGACAUUUAACUAAAUGAUUUCUCAGAUCUUCCAUCUUUUAAAAUCCUUUAAGAUCAUCAAACUAUGAGGUAACGUAACAGAAAAUACCAAUGGUACCAAGCAAAACAGAUCACCUUAAGCUCUGUACUAUGUAGUAGCGUCUAGUUUUCAAUUCUACAUUUAGGUUUUGGCAGUUAAAGGUACUCAGCCCAUUGUGUCCCAUAAAUCACUUAGCUGGGAAUGUCUCUGCUGACUGCUAAGGCCAAUUCAGGUAUCCUCUUCUCUUGCAAUGUCUCCUUGAUGUUUUCAGUUCAUUAAAUAGAUGCAUGAAACACAAAGAGGUCUUAGAAAAUUUUAAGCGUUGUUUCUGAAAAUGGCUGCGGCAAUUAAUCCAGUGGUCAUCUUGUUUCUGUGGGAGUUUGGCUUGAAUCUGGGCUGAAGGAUUUGGCUUUGAAUUUAUUUAAAUAGGCAGCAUACGUUAAUUUGCCGAGAAGCACCGCUACAUAAUCAGGGGGGUUAUUAGGGUAAAAAGCAAAUGGUAGCUUUGUUGGUGAAAGGAAGGUAUCUUUGAAAAAUAAAAGGAGAGACAAUAACUAGUGGCCACGUGUGUUGAAGCUUUCAGUUCUGAGCUGAACCUCAUUUAGAAGCAUUCCACUCAUCUAAAAUAAAUGAUAGCAUCAUGCCUCAUUCUGAUCUUCUGGGAUCUAGAGUUACUCAUGCUCUAUAGAAGCGAUAUCACAUGAUUUUACUUGUAUAUUACAGCCUCAGGGCUUCCGAGAUGUGCAGCCUCCACCUGUCACCCAAAAUGCGGAAGGUACUGAAAUGAACCCUCGCAAACGGCCACGGACAGAAGAGGAGAAAUAACAGUGAUUCCAAAGAACUGUUACAAAAAGCUGUGCUACAUCAGAACAAGCACAUAGAGAACAUGCAGCCAGAGGCAGCCUGAGAGGUUCUUUCAAUUCCUGCUCUGGACUUUAUUUUAUUGUUUAAACUACAAUAUGCAAUUUUUUGUGGCAGAAAAAUUGUCUGUGUAUGGCAUAAUUUUACUUUUAUAAUAAAAUCUAUUUUAUAUAA